GAACCAGUCAGUGAGAGCACGCUUGUCGUUGUCCUCGAGAAUUAAGGAGCACAAUGUGGAAUGAGUAAGCCAUGAGGCUUGUUGCAAGGAUGACCAGCAUCACGAAAAUAUCUCUGCAAUGCCAGGACGGCAAUGUGCUUCUGGAAAUGCGUUAAGAAUAGACCGACAAUCGAGUGUGUUCCUGUCUUCUGUUGUCUGAGGACAGAUGGUUGGCUGCAGAUGAAGAGGUAAGACGGACUACUCUAUUUGAUCUGUCAAACUUUUUUUGGAGUUGGUCUGGAAGAAUUUUAACCCAAAGGACUGAGUACAUGCUCCGUCUGGCUACUAUGACCAUUGGCAGAAACACUGGAGGUGGAAAAAGGAUGAGUUGAAAGAUGUAGUGAAGUGCUACCUGCAGGGUUUUUUUUUUUUAGACUUUAUUCAGCAACAACAAAACCGGGAGAAUUUUUCAAGCUUUAAGCACAGUAAACAUGGUGGGAUCAAGUGUCUCCGAGGUCCUCUUUAUCUCUGUCAAUCGCAGCAUCACUUUGAUGGGUGAGUAGGUCUCUGUUCUCUUUAUAGUAUAACAAUUUUUAGCCUGAAAUAAAGUAAUAUCAAAUUACUAUUUUCAGAGGGCUCAUGUUCCUUCUCAUGUUAGUGUUUGAUUUAUUUAUUUAACAGGAAAGGUGUGGCUCAUUGUAAUGAUCUUUCUCCGGGUUAUGAUCCUCCUCUGUGCCGGUUACCCUCUCUACCGGGACGAACAGGAGAGAUUCAUCUGCAACACCAUCCAACCUGGUUGUGCCAAUGUCUGCUAUGACCUAUUCUCUCCUGUCUCCCUCUUCCGUUUCUGGCUGGUGCAGGUUGCCACCUUGUGUCUGCCUUACAUCAUCUUCGUCAUCUACGUGGUCCAUAAGGUGUCAAACGCCCUCUCAGUGGCUUUGAACUCAACUGGACAUGCUAAAAAUGUUCAGUUGUUUAGGGUCCACAAGGAGCAGUUUAACAAGAUGUGUGUGAACAAGGUGCCAGUGGUGGUUGAGCAGAAUGGAGGGCUCCGGGGCUUCACGGGAGCCUACAUCCUCCAUCUGCUGUUCAGGACGCUGUUGGAAGCAGGCUUUGGGGCAGCUCAUUAUUACAUGUUUGGUUUCUACGUCCCCAGGAGGUUUCUGUGCCAGCAUGCUCCGUGCACCACCCAGGUGGACUGCUACAUCUCCAGGCCCACCGAGAAGACAGUGAUGCUUAACUUUAUCCUCGCUGUGGCUGCUCUGUCCUUUUUCCUCAAUGUUCUGGAUUUCAUUUGGGCCAUCAAACGAUCUCUGAAACACAACACCAAGAGGAAGAUGACAAUUGAGAAAAUAUUUGAGGAAGAGCACUGCUUCUUCUCAACUGAUGUGGCAUCCACAGGCACAGAUCCAAACACAUCUACCCAACAAGAUCUAGAGGCCCAACUUGGGAAAACAGAACGUUUCAGGAAGAGGCAUGGGAGCAAAAGCUCUUGUGGAGGAGGGAAACUUUAUUCAGGUCAGGAGUCAUCCACCCUAGAGCAUUGCUCUCACCAAUGCUCCUCAGGACCUCCAUACUGUAACAGUGGUAACAAUGACAUCUUGAUCUCUCAAGAAGAGGUUCUGGAGAGAAAUGGCAGCGAGGUUGCCCUCUGCCCGCAGGAGACAGCAGGGACACCAAGAUCCAUUAGAGUUUGCAAACGUAGCAGACUUAAACCUCCACCUCCACCCAGGCUGGACCUCAGCCUACCCACUGGGGAACUGGUAACCCCAGCAACGACAGCAGUCUGUACCAGGAGGGUGGGUCAGUAUUCACUGUUUGAACUGGGAAAUGGGGCUGAACUUCAAACAAGUGAAGGCGGGCAGGAGAAAAGAUCAGAGUGGGUCUGAGUUUUAGGCAUGCAUUGCGGUGGUUCCCAUUACUAGUGUUUCUCUCUACCUCAUUUGUUUUAAUCCAGGCUGCUGUGUAGUUUGAGAAUUUAAAAUGGAAACACAAUCCCCAGGCACAUUAGACAUAAUACAUCAUAAUUAGAGAUGCACCAAUCACAUGGCUUAUACCAUCAGGGUUUCUGAAAAGCUCUGGUCUGCUGAAACUGAUUUGAGUCAAUUCCAAUUUGUCUUGACAAACUAUAAUAGCAUUUAAAUUAUUUAAUUCUACCAUUCUUGCCUUGAGGAAGCAUAAUUGUGUGUAUUGGGAGCAGAGAUGUCACACUGAGUGUGUGAAAGAGCAGAGGGACCCACCAAGCUUAAAAUCAAUCUAUUGGUGCAGCUCUAAUCAUAAUCCAUGCUGUUCCUUUUUUUAUUCGCUCUUUCCUAUAGGGCACUUGCUAAGUGACGAAAAAGUCCCCCAUCUUCUGAAUCAAAGUUAGGAAUGACACAACAGUUUCCAAUAAAGUGUCCUUGAGCGAGUGCUCUCCUUGAAAAAACUUUAGUGCAGCGCACCUGUUGGUUUCCAUGUGGGUUUUAUCCCCACCUCCACCAACACUGUCCACAACAAAGGCAAGUUUUGACCUGGCCUCUGUACGCCACCCCCACUGAAAUCCUUUUUUAUGUUUCCGACAUAAUUAGCCCUGCUUUUGAGCGUGGAUCAGUGGGGUCAAAGUGGAAAGGAGCUGCCUCUGGCCAGGGUCAGAGGGUUGAACUAAAAUGAGAGACAAUGCUGUUACCCAGACCAUAGAAGCGAAGGGCACUAUGAAGGCCCCUAAAGCUGACAUAAAGUUGAUCACCAAGUAAUUAUGCUCCCCAGUAGGGGCCCUUUAUUUAUGGAGACAGCUUGUCACUCUAUUUCAGGGCCGCUCGGAGCUCAGGAGGAAUACAAACCUCAGCACUCUUCCACAUUGAAAUAGAGCCCAGAACAGAGGAGUGCUAAAUGUUGCCCUGCAGGAACUCUGCACUCUGCUUUGACUGCAGCUUUAGUUUUAACUUGAUCAAAGUUUAAAUUAAUAUGGCACUAACAUCCCACAGUGACACAUGCCUGUUAUUAAUGGUAUGAUGUGUUGCUUUGUUUGCACAACCAGUGAAACCACUUUAAAAUGAUUUACACAAAAUGAGUAAAAUAAAUCAUUGGCAUCGCUGUCUGAGUUGCGGUGUAGCUGAGGGGCUUAUCUUGGUGUAAAGAGAUAGCUCUUGAUCUUGUUCUUGUGGUCUUUUUGACGAUGACAACAAAACCUUCCAGAUUCGUAUCUUGGAUUGGUACAGAGAGCUGCACCCUGACUGUGAAAUGACUUUUUACCUCAGAUGAAUGCAUAUGCGAUAAAUAUUAUUCUACUUUCUUCCACCAAAGGUCUGUAAUUUAUACUUUUGAUGUUCAGCUGGGCUGAUGUUUAAUCUAAAAUAGGUGAAAAACGUCUUAAGUGCUUAACAUUGUUAUGCUUAAGAAACCCCACUAAAGGCUUAGGAUAUUAUGCUCACUUUACAUCAAUUUCCAUUAUGUUGUUCCAAUUUACAUAGCUUAAGUAUAAACAGUGCCUGGCAAAGAUAACACCCUAGAACGUUUCUACAUUUUGUCAUGUUACAAUCACAAACUGCAAGACAUUUUUUUGGGAUUUUAUGUGAAAGACCAACAGAAAAUGGUGUAUGAUUGUGAAGUAGAAGAUAAACAGAUGCAUGGUUUUCAAAAUGUUUCAUCUAGCACCCCUCAGUCAAUACUUUGUAAAAACACAUUUCGCUGCAAUUACAGUGUGAGGUCUUUUGGGGCAUUUGGACAUCUAGAGACAUAGAUUGGAUGCAGAGCAACAGACAUCUUAAUGUUGUGCCAUGGAUUCUCAGUUGGAUUAAGGCCUAAACUUUGACUGGGUCACAUCAAUAUGCUUCCUGCACCAUUGUAGCUCUGGUUGUAUGUAGGGUUGUUGUGCUCCUGGAAGGUGAACCUCAUUCAUAGUGUCUUAACAGUUUCAUUGCUUAUAAUGAGCUAUCCUGUCCCUGCUGAAGAAAAGCAUGCCCACAGCAUGAUGCAGCCACCGUGUAUGACUGUGGGAAUCUUGUGUUCAGAAUGAUGUUCUGUGUUAUCUGUUUUCUGAUUACAUGACAGGCAAUUGGUUGCAUUGGAUUUCACUUUAAGGUAUCACAAAGAACACAAAUGUACAGGUCCUUCUCAAACUAUUAGCAUAUUGUGAUA